ACUACUUGAAACAGAUGUCACGUUCUGAUAUUCCCUUAGAAGCAAUUAAGGUAUCUGAAAGUGCAGAGACAUUUAGGAAAUUUCGCACGAUGCUAAGUAGCACAGUCGAUUCAUACAACAACAUACGUAAAACAACCAAACCUGUAGAAUUUGACUUAAUUAAAUUGGAAGUGGCGCAUAUCGAUUCCUUGAUAUUCCGUGGAGAAAACGAAUUAUGCUGGAGAUCAGACGGGCUUCUGGAAUAUAUAACAGAAUUGGGCGAUUUUGUGGAAGGACUGUGGAAACGCAUGAAGACCGCCCAAUCGAACGUAGAGAAGAUCAAAAACAUUUUGGAACCUUGGACGAAGACGCCCCUCAUAGAACGAAAGGAUAAUCGUAAGGAUACGCUGCUUGCUCUGGAAGAUCGUUCGGAAAAAGUAUCGAAACGUUACGCGGAGAUCGCAAAAGCAUCCGAGCAAAUACAUUCGAUAUUGAAGGAAAAUGAAUUGCUUUUUCAAAUUAGUGAGAUCGGACAGGAAGUUUGGCAAGAGUAUGUGAAAUAUAUUGACGACAUAGUGAUCGAGUCUCUUCGAAAAGCAGUUGGAUGCUCUUUAGGCUACUUGGCAGAAAGUAUGGAUCCAAUCGGACAAUGCGAACCAUUGCUUGAAGCAAAAUUGGAGCUCAGGGAACCAGAUCUAUAUUAUAUGCCAUCAUUGGAACCCGAAGAUCCAGAUGGACUUGAUCAGUUGAUUCUUGGCGUGUUAAAUGAUAUUACCGGUAUGGCAGGCUUGAUAUCUCGAUUGAAAAGUGAUUCUGUAGGAUACGCUGAAGAACUGGCGUGUGAUGAUGAUAUUAAGGGAAUGAGAGAUGAAAUACUAACAAGUGUAGCUACUGCUGUAGAAGAAGCUACUGAUUUCUGUAGUAAUUUCGAAGGCUACGCUUAUCUAUGGCUAGAUGAUAGGGGUGUUGUGAUGCAACAAUUCCUCGAAUACAGCCGACAAUUGUCAGCAGAGGAAAUGGACAUGGUGGCAGCUCAGGACCCUAAAGGUCCGACGAAGUCACCACCGAAAAUGGAGCAAUUCCGCGAACAAAUCGACCUUUACGAGGGGCUCUAUCUCGAGAUCGAGGAAAUGGAUCUGUCCAAAGUAUUUUGCGGCUGGUUCAGAGUAGAUCUAAAACCCUUCAGACAGUCAGUACUGAACACGGUGUGCAAGUGGUCGAGUAUGUUCAAAAAACAUUUGGUCGAUCGUGUAACAAGCAGUCUCUCAGAUUUGGGAAUAUUUAUAAGACGAGCGGACGAGGGAUUGUUACAACAAGUGCAACCGGGUGACUAUGCUGCUCUGGUUAGUGUAAUGGGCUAUCUAUUACAAGUAAAAGAACGUCAGCCAACUACGGACGAGAUGUUCCAUCCGUUAGAGGAGACCAUUGAGUUGCUCAAGUUCUACGAUCAAGAUAUACCCGAAGAAGUAAACGUAUUACUACAAGAGUUGCCACAGCAAUGGGCAAACACGAAAAAACUUGCUCUUAUGGUGAAGCAGCAAGUUGCGCCAUUACAGGCAGGUGAAGUAUCAAGAAUUCGUGGUCGAAUCUCCGCAUUUGAUAUUACAAUAAAUCAGUAUCGAGAAGCAUUUCGACGAUACACAUUUUUCAAGUAUGACUGCAAAAAUCCGUACGAACUAUUAGAUGAGGCGCAUAAAGAGAUUCUCAUGUUGGAACGUCAAAUGAAGGAUAUACAAGAAUCUGCCUCGUUGUUCGAAGUAAUGGUACCCGAAUUUAAACAGCUGAGGCAGUGCAGGAGAGAGCUGAAAAUGCUUAAGCAGCUCUGGGAUUAUGUAAAUAUAGUGCAGAGUAGUAUCGAGGGUUGGAAGACGACACCCUGGAGGAAAAUUGACGUGGAGAAUAUGGACAUCGAGUGCAAGAAGUUUGCGAAGGAGAUACGUGCGCUGGAUAAAGAAAUGAGGCCAUGGGAUACGUAUAUAUCGUUAGAGGCGACGGUAAAGAACAUGCUUACAUCAUUGCGCGCCGUGGGAGAAUUGCAAAAUCCAGCUAUUCGAGAAAGACAUUGGCGACAGCUGAUGAAUAGUACUAAGGUUCGUUUCGUAAUGGACGAAUCAACAACUUUAGCUGAUCUACUCGAAUUGAAUCUCCAUGAAUGCGAAGAUGAAGUUAAAAAUAUCGUUGACAAAGCUGUUAAGGAAAUGUCUAUGGAGAAAUACAUGAAAGAACUAAAUGUUACAUGGUCGAAAAUGGAAUUCGAGCGAGAAGUUCAUGCUCGGACAGGAGCUACUUUAAUCAGAGCUAGCGAAGAAUUGAUCGAAACUCUAGAAGAAAAUCAGGUACAAUUACAAAAUCUAAUUACCUCGAAAUUUAUCGCGCAUUUUCUGGAAGAGGUGUCAUCAUGGCAGAAGAAAUUGAGCAUUGCUGAUCAAGUGACGACUGUAUGGUUCGAAGUUCAACGCACCUGGAUGCAUCUUGAGAGCAUUUUCAUGUCGUCCGAAGAUAUCCGAAAGCAGUUGCCAGUGGAUGCUGCACGAUUCGAUCGCAUCGACACGGAAUUUAAAGAGAUGACGGAGGAGAUGGCGAAAACGCCGAAUGUCGUCGAGGCGACGAAUAAGGACGGACUUGUAUCCGCUCUAGACGUUUUGCAAAAAGAACUCGUAUUAUGUGAAAAAGCUUUAGCGGAAUAUCUAGAAACGAAACGUCUCGCUUUCCCGCGAUUCUACUUCGUCUCUUCUAGCGAUUUGCUAGAUAUACUCUCGAACGGAAAUCAACCGGAAAUAGUGGCGAAACACUUGACAAAAUUAUUCGAUUCUAUGGCGCGUCUGAAUUUUGAUGAUAAAAAUACUUCAUUAAAACGUGUUUUAGGCAUGUUUGCUAAGGACGGCGAAUACGUAGAAUUCGCAAACUGCGAGAUGAUUUGCGAAGGACCCGUGGAAGCCUGGUUGAAUCGUCUUCAGAGCGCUAUGCGCGUAUCAAUUCGGCAUUAUUUCAGCGAAGCGGUAGUGGCGUACGAGGAGAAACCACGUGAGCAAUGGCUAUUUGAUUAUCCUGCUCAAGUAUCUCUCUGCGGGACGCAAAUCUGGUGGACCACCGAAGUAAAUAUAGCGUUCGCGCGUUUCGAGGAAGGAUACGAUAAUUCUAUCAAGGACUAUCUGAAGAAACAGAUCUCGCAGCUAAGUAUUCUAAUCACGCUGCUGAUAGGUGAACUGACCAAGCAGGAGAGACAGAAGGUCAUGACGAUCUGUACGAUCGAUGUGCACUCAAGGGACGUCGUGACGAAAUUGGUGCAAUCGAAGGUCGAAAGUUCGCAGGCUUUUCAAUGGCAAAGUCAGCUGCGGCAUAGAUGGGACGAGAAGAAAAAAGAUUGCUUCGCAAAUAUUUGCGACGCGCAAUUCAAAUAUUCUCACGAAUAUCUGGGUAAUACUCCCAGAUUGGUCAUAACGCCAUUAACAGAUAGAUGCUACAUAACUUUGACGCAAUCUCUGCAUCUCGUUAUGGGCGGUGGUCCGGCUGGACCAGCUGGGACUGGAAAAACCGAGACCACAAAAGAUUUAGGCCGAGCUCUCGGCAUAAUGGUCUACGUGUUUAAUUGUUCCGAGCAGAUGGAUUACAAGUCUUGCGGUAACAUAUACAAGGGAUUAGCGCAAACUGGUGCAUGGGGUUGUUUCGAUGAAUUUAACAGAAUCACCGUCGAAGUGCUCUCGGUGGUCGCCGUGCAAGUGAAGUCGAUACAGGAUGCCAUCAGAGACAAGAAGGAAACAUUCAAUUUCAUGGGCGAGACGAUAGCUCUCGAGCCAACCGUCGGCAUAUUUAUCACUAUGAAUCCUGGUUAUGCCGGCCGUACAGAAUUGCCAGAGAACUUGAAAGCACUUUUUCGUCCCUGCGCCAUGGUGGUGCCCGAUUUUGAACUGAUAUGCGAAAUUAUGCUGGUAGCAGAGGGAUUUCAAGAUGCUAGAGUACUCGCAAGAAAAUUCAUCACUUUAUACACGUUGUGUAAAGAACUGUUAUCUAAGCAAGAUCAUUAUGACUGGGGAUUGAGAGCAAUAAAAUCAGUCUUGGUAGUCGCUGGUAGUUUGAAGAGGGGCGAUCCCGGCAGACCGGAAGAAGAAGUAUUAAUGAGAGCUUUGAGAGACUUCAACAUUCCUAAAGUAGUAUCGGAUGAUCUACCAGUCUUCAUGGGAUUGAUAGCUGAUUUAUUUCCAGCAUUGGACGUUCCCAGAAAAAGAGAUGUUGAAUUCGAAAAGAUGGUUAAACAAGCGGCUGCCGAUUUGAGUCUGCAACCAGAAGAUGGUUUCAUCCUCAAAGUCGUACAACUCGAGGAGUUGUUAGAAGUAAGACAUUCCGUCUUUAUCGUAGGCAUAGCUGGUUCCGGAAAAACUCAAGUGUGGAAGACAUUAUUCAAAACUUAUCAUAAUAUGAAGAGAAGGCCGAUCUAUAAUGAUCUCAAUCCAAAGGCGGUGACAAAUGACGAGCUCUUCGGCAUCAUUAAUCCAGCAACGCGAGAAUGGAAAGAUGGCCUCUUCUCGGUUAUCAUGCGAGAACAGGCUAAUCUGGGCGGCGAGAAUCCGAAAUGGAUCCUCCUGGAUGGCGACAUCGAUCCGAUGUGGAUUGAAUCUCUGAAUACUGUUAUGGAUGACAAUAAAGUUUUGACAUUAGCCAGCAACGAACGAAUCGCGCUAACGCCGGCCAUGAGAUUACUCUUCGAAAUCUCGAACUUGAGAACUGCUACACCUGCCACGGUCUCGCGAGCCGGGAUUUUGUACAUAAAUCCGCAGGAUUUAGGAUGGAAUCCGUACGUAACGAGCUGGGUCGAGAAGCGGCCGUUGCCGAAUGAAAAAUCGAAUCUGGUCAUGCUCUUCGACAAAUAUAUUCCUACUUGUCUCGAGACUUUGAGAACUAGAUUUAAAAAAGUAACACCCAUAGCCGAUAUGGCGCACGUCGAGAUGUUGUGUCAUCUGCUUCAUUGUCUUCUGAAACCGGAGCUGACGAGCGGCGAUUUCUACAAAGAUCACUAUGAACUUUAUUUCGUGUUCGCCGCUGUUUGGGCCUUCGGCUCCUCCAUGUUUCAAGAUCAAACUAUGGAUUAUCGAGUGGAGUUUACUAAGUGGUGGGUCAACGAAUUCAAACAGGUGAAAUUUCCAUCGCAAGGUACGGUAUUUGAUUAUUACAUCGACAACGAGACGAAGAGUUUCGUUCCCUGGACGAACCGUCUUCCAAAGUUCGAGCUGGAUAUGGAGACACCUUUACAAGCUGUUUUGGUUUACACGUCAGAAUCUAUUAGAAUAAGAUAUUUUCUAGAUCUGUUGAUGCCGGAAAAGCAUCCUAUAAUGUUGGUCGGUACGGCUGGUUGUGGCAAGACCGUCCUAAUUGCCGAGAAGCUUUUACAGCUUUCUGAAAAUUACGCGGUCGCCAACGUACCGUUUAAUUUCUAUACCUCGUCCGAAAUGCUACAAAAAAUUAUGGAGAAAUCAUUGGAGAAGAAAGCAGGCAGAAAUUAUGGUCCACCGGGAAAUAAAACUCUAGUAUACUUCAUCGAUGACAUGAAUAUGCCGGAAGUGGAUCCGUAUGGCACCGUCCAGCCUCACACAUUAAUUAGACAGCACUUAGAUUACGGUCAUUGGUACGAUCGUACGAAAUUAACUUUGAAGGACAUCCACAAUUGUCAAUAUGUCAGCUGCAUGAAUCCGACUGCUGGAUCGUUUACGAUUAAUCCAAGAUUGCAAAGACACUUUGCUGUAUUUGCCGUUAGUUUUCCGAACAUAGACUCUUUAACAACUAUAUAUUCCUCCAUUCUGUCGCAACAUCUUGCAAAUGUAGAGCAUAGGUUUCCUCUAAGUGUCACCGAAUUAUGUCCAAAUAUCGUACAAGCCAGCAUCCAACUGCAUCACCGCUGUAGUCAGAUGUUUCUGCCAACAGCGGUAAAGUUUCAUUAUAUCUUCAAUCUUCGCGAACUUUCCAAUUGUUUUCAAGGUUUACUAUUCAGUGGCAAUGAAUGCUUGCAAUCUGCGGUGGAUUUAAUUCGACUCUGGAUGCACGAGACUCAACGUGUCUAUGGAGACAAGCUAACAGAUGAAAAAGAUAUCGAAAGUUUUUUGAAACUACAAUUAGAUAUUCUGAAAAAAAAUGUAGAGGAGGUGGACGAAGGCUCAAUUCUGGAAAAACCCAACAUUUAUUGCCAUUUUGCAGGUGGUGUCGGAGAGCCAAAAUACAUGGCUGUUAAAGAUUGGAUGACUUUACAUCGGUUAUUGUCUGAAGCAAUGGUCAGUUAUAACGAUUUAGUGGCGGCUAUGAAUCUGGUACUUUUCGAGGAUGCCAUGAUGCACGUAUGUCGCGUAAAUAGAAUUCUAGAAUCACCCAGAGGCAGUGCACUUUUAGUUGGUGUGGGUGGUUCCGGCAAACAGAGUCUUUCACGAUUAGCAGCUUUUAUAAGCUCAUUGGAGGUUUUCCAAAUUCAACUGAAGAAGGGCUACGGUGUAACAGAUUUGAAGAUGGAACUCGCUGUCCUAUACUCGAAAGCAGGCUUGAAGAAUAUCGGUAUUAUGUUCUUAGUGACAGACGCACAAGUACCGAACGAACAAUUCUUAGUACUUAUCAACGACAUGCUCGCAUCGGGAGAAGUUCCCGAUUUAUUUGCCGAAGACGAGGUGGAGAAUAUAAUUGCAGGAGUUCGUAACGAAGUGAAAGGCGCAGGUAUAUUGGACACGCGUGAAAAUUGUUGGAAAUUCUUCAUCGAUCGCGUUCGCCGACAGCUCAGAAUAGUAUUAUGCUUUUCUCCGGUCGGUUCUACAUUACGAGUUAGAUCCAGAAAAUUUCCGGCAAUCAUAAAUUGUACGAUGAUCAAUUGGUUUCAUGAAUGGCCUCAAGAGGCAUUAAUGUCUGUAUCGAAAAGAUUUCUACAGGAAUUAGAAGAGCUGCCAGAAACUUAUAGAGAAUCAGCUGCCAAGUUUAUGGCUCAUGCACACACUAGCGUAAAUAUAGCCAGUCGUCAUUAUUUGAGUAGCGAACGUCGUUACAAUUACACGACUCCAAAAUCUUUUCUGGAACAAAUAAGUUUAUAUACCAGAUUGUUAAAAACAAAAACCUCUGAGUUACGGGCUAGGGUGGCUAGAUUGGAAAAUGGCUUGGAUAAAUUGAGAUCAACGGCAGUACAAGUGGAUAAGUUGAAAAAGAAGUUGGCCGUACAAGAGGUAGAAUUGCAGCAAAAGAACGAGGCUGCGGAUGCUUUAAUUGCUAUAGUUGGUGUCGAGACGGAGAAAGUCCAAAAAGAAAAAGCGAUAGCGGAUGAGGAAGAAUCUAAAGUGGCCAUAAUAGCCGAUGAAGUUUUGAAGAAGCAAAAAGACUGCGAAGCAGAUUUAACGAAGGCCGAACCUGCUUUGCUGGCUGCGCAAGAAGCUCUGAAUACCUUGAACAAGGCAAAUUUAACGGAAUUAAAAUCAUUCGGUUCGCCUCCUGGCGCUGUAACGAACGUCACUGCUGCAGUCAUGGUCCUUUUGGCACCAGCUGGCAAAGUACCUAAGGAUCGAAGUUGGAAAGCUGCCAAGAUCGUAAUGGCAAAAGUAGAUACUUUUCUGGAUGCCUUGAUUAAUUAUGACAAAGAAAAUAUACAUCCUGAAGUGAUUAAAGCAAUACAACCAUAUCUCAAGGAUUCUGAAUUCGAGCCUGAGUUUGUAAGAUCUAAGUCAGCUGCCGCAGCGGGUUUAUGCGCCUGGGUGAUCAAUAUUAUUAAAUUUUACGAAGUCUUUUGCGAUGUAGAACCAAAACGAAAGGCGCUCGCACAUGCGAAUGCAGAAUUAGCUGCGGCUCAAGAUAAACUUAGUGGUAUCAAGCGAAAAGUAGUUUCCUUGGAAGAACAGCUGGCGAAAUUAACGGCGGACUUCGAGCAAGCAACAUCCGAGAAAUUAAAAUGUCAACAGGAAGCCGAUGCCACUAAUUCAACAAUCGCAUUAGCGAAUAGAUUAGUCGGUGGUCUGGCAUCUGAAAACGUUCGUUGGGCUGAUUCUGUAGCCAGUUUUAUGCAACAAGCGUCGACGUUACCUGGCGAUGUAUUGUUGGUGACGGCUUUCAUAUCCUACGUCGGUUGCUUUACAAAACAAUUCCGACAGGAUUUAUUGAACAAGCAAUGGUUACCUUUCAUACGUAGUGUUGAACCGACGAUCCCAAUUACCGAAGGCCUGGAUCCUCUCUCAUUGCUAACGGACGACACGCAAAUUGCCAAAUGGAAUAACGAGGGUUUGCCGAAUGAUCGAAUGUCGACAGAGAAUGCUACAAUAUUGACAAACUCCGAUCGUUGGCCCUUAAUGAUAGAUCCGCAGCUUCAGGGAAUAAAAUGGAUUAAAGAAAAAUACGGAGAUGAGCUGAAAGUGAUUAGAUUAGGUCAACGUGGUUAUUUGGACGUGAUCGAAUUAUCCUUAGCGAACGGAUCUACAGUCUUGUUGGAGAACAUCGGAGAGACCGUAGAUCCUGUUCUGGAUCCUCUACUUGGCCGAAAUUUAAUCAAGAAGGGUCGAGCCAUUAAGAUUGGCGAUAAAGAGGUGGAAUACAAUUCCAUGUUCAGAUUGCUGCUGCACACGAAGUUAGCUAAUCCCCAUUAUAAACCGGAAAUGCAGGCGCAAACCACGCUAAUUAAUUUUACGGUAACGAGGGAUGGCUUGGAGGAUCAAUUACUUGCGGAAGUGGUUAAGGCAGAGAGACCAGAUCUGGAGGAGCUGAAGGCAGAGCUUACUAGGCAACAGAAUGAUUUUAAGAUUACUCUUAAUAGUCUCGAAGACUCGCUUCUAUCAAGAUUAUCGUCAGCUGGCAGCAAUGUUCUCGAAGAUACAUCUCUUGUAGAAAAUUUAGAAACAACAAAGCGUACUGCCGCAGAGAUCGAAUCCAAGGUUACAGAGGCUCGAGGAACCAGUCGACAAAUCGAUGCAGCUCGAGAAUUAUAUCGACCCGCGGCAGCAAGGGCCUCAUUGUUAUAUUUUAUUCUGAAUGAUCUGAAUACCAUUAAUCCUAUCUAUCAAUUUUCGUUGAAAGCCUUCAGCGUCGUCUUCCAGAAAGCAAUUUUGAAGGCCGAUCCCGCGCCUGAUGUUACGGGAAGAGUGCAGAAUCUAAUUGAAUGCAUUACAUAUUCAGUCUUCAUGUACACUAGCAGGGGACUUUUCGAGUGUGACAAACUAAUCUUUGCCUCGCAAAUGGCAUUCCAAAUUUUAUUGGCGAGAAACGAAGUUACACCUAGCGAGUUGGACUUUCUCCUAAGAUUUCCUAUAACACCACACGUCACUUCGCCGGUCGAUUUUCUCACCAAUACUAGCUGGGGUGGCAUAAGAAGCCUCGCUACGAGGGAAGAGUUUCGGAAUCUGGAUCGGGACAUCGAAAGUUCUGCCAAACGUUGGAAAAAGUUCGUGGAGUGUGAAUGCCCGGAGCGUGAAAAGUUUCCUCAAGAGUGGAAAAAUAAAACGGCUAUACAACGUCUAUGCAUGCUGAGGGCUCUGAGACCAGACAGGAUGACGUAUGCCAUUGCUGCGUUUAUCGAGGAAAAGCUCGGUCCGAGAUACAUUGAGGCGAGAACUGUAGAAUUUGCAAAAUCCUUUGAGGAAACUAGUCCGAGUACUCCCAUUUUUUUUAUUCUAUCGCCCGGAGUUAAUCCGUUAAAGGAUGUUGAAGACUUAGGUCGACGCCUUGGCUUUACAUCGGAUAAUCAAAACUUCCAUAACGUAUCCCUUGGUCAAGGACAAGAAACUGUGGCCGAGCAAGCUAUGGAUAUAGCAGCUAAAAAUGGUCACUGGGUGGUGCUACAAAAUAUACAUUUAGUCAAGAAAUGGCUUCCGCUAUUAGAAAAAAAAUUGGAAGUAGCCGCGGAAGGAUCUCAUUCCGAUUACAGAAUGUUUAUGAGCGCAGAACCGGCUAGUACGCCAGCCGGCCAUAUAAUACCUCAAGGUAUUCUGGAAUCGUCAAUUAAGAUUACAAAUGAGCCACCUACUGGUAUGCAAGCUAAUUUGCAUAAAGCUCUAGACAAUUUUACUCAAGAAACUUUAGAAAUGUGCUCCAAAGAAGCUGAGUUCAAAGCGAUUUUAUUUUCUUUGUGCUAUUUCCACGCUGUCGUCGCGGAGCGUCGUAAAUUCGGACCUCAGGGUUGGAAUAAAAUAUAUCCCUUCAAUGUAGGAGAUCUGAACAUCAGUGUCAGUGUUCUGUACAAUUAUUUGGAAGCAAGUCAAAAAGUGCCUUGGGAAGAUUUAAGGUAUCUCUUUGGAGAAAUUAUGUAUGGUGGCCAUAUAACAGAUGACUGGGACAGACGACUUUGCGUAUCCUAUCUUGAAGAAUUAAUGCAGCCUGAUUUGAUCGAUGGAGAACUGCAAUUGGCGCCGGGUUUUUCCGCACCUCCUAAUACAGAUUUAGUUGGUUAUCAUACAUACAUCGACGAAGCUAUACCGCCGGAAUCUCCAUAUUUAUAUGGGUUACAUCCGAAUGCGGAAAUUGGUUUUCUGACAAUGACGGCUGAGAAUUUAUUCAAAACAGUCUUUGAAAUGCAACCCCGGGACACUGGCAGCUCGGGAGGGCAAGCCGUUACCAGAGAGGAGAAGGUGAAACAGGUAUUAGACGAGAUAAUAGAAAAAUUACCCGAGGAAUUCAACAUGACGGAAAUAAUGGGAAAGGUAGAGGAACGAACACCUUACGUGAUCGUUGCAUUUCAAGAAUGCGAGAGGAUGAAUUUCUUGACGACGGAGAUUAAACGAUCACUGCGCGAGCUGGAUUUGGGUCUUAAGGGCGAACUUACCAUAACAUCAGACAUGGAAGAUUUGGAGAACGCGCUGUUCUUCGAUCAAGUUCCUCCAGUUUGGGCCAGCAGGGCUUAUCCGUCUUUAUCGGGCCUAACUGCCUGGUUCGUCGACCUGCUACUGAGAAUCAGAGAGCUGGAGACGUGGUCUACGGAUUUCGUUUUACCCGCAUCCGUGUGGCUUGCCGGCUUUUUUAAUCCUCAAUCGUUACUCACCGCCAUCAUGCAAUCGACGGCGAGAAGGCACGAGUUACCACUCGAUAAAAUGUGCCUCCAGUGCGACGUGACCAAAAAGAACAAGGAGGAGUUCACGUCGGCUCCGAGGGACGGCGCCUACGUUCACGGAAUAUUUAUGGAAGGCGCACGAUGGGACGUCCAAACGGGAAUCAUCGUCGACUCCAGGCAUAAAGAAUUAUAUCCAGCGAUUCCCGUGAUUAAUGUACGCGCGAUCACGCAGGAUAAACAGGAUUUGAGGAACAUGUACGAGUGUCCGGUAUAUAAGACACGUAUGCGAGGUCCGACAUAUGUAUGGACGUUCAAUUUGAAAACCAAAGACAAACCGGCUAAGUGGACGUUAGCCGGUGUUGCUCUCUUGUUGCAAACCUAAAAAGAAUAAUCGUUGUUAGUUUAACUAAUAGAAUUGCUUGAAUAAUAAACACAGACAAGUUGACAGCGUAGUUGUACCUGAUCGUAAAUAAGAUAUGUUGUUAACUAUUU